UCUCUCUCUUUUUUUUUUCUUUUUAUAAUCAUUAUUAUAUCUAUACUAUGCCUGUACCUGUGGAAUAUAACAAUGUACGUAGAAUGAGUACAAUCACUGUUCCAAAUCAUGAUAUCAAUUUUGAUGCUUAUGAUUUUCAAUUAUAUCGACCACAAACUGAUGUCAAGGAUGCUUUUGAAUCUCGUGAAUUGGAAGCUAAUUUUUGCCGUGAUUUUGCUUGCUGUGGAUUGAUAUUGAACGAUUUGCACGAUUUAUUACAACACUAUGAAGAAUGUCAUGUCCGAUUGGAAGAAGAAAGUGGUUUAUACGAAGAAGAAGAAGAAGAAGAAGAAGAAUCAAGUGAUGAUGGUUUACAACAACAAAAGGAAAUUACAAAUAUGUCAUCAUUCGGAAAUGGUGAAGAUUUGGAUUUACAUCACCUGAAGAAGAAAGCCGCAGCUUAUCUUACUGACCUUUAUCAACAACAACAACAACAACAAAAAGAUAAUAGUGAUGAUGAUGAAUAUAGUGAAUUGACAGAUGAUGAUGAAGAAGAAGAUGAUGAAGAUCAAAAUGGAAAACAACCUCAACAAUUUCAAUCUAUUUUGACUGGUAAGAAACGAUCUUUUGGACAAUCAAAUGCAAUGGAUAUCUGGACGCAGACAGCUGUUAAGAAAUUGGCAUUGGCAACAAAUGGAAUUUCACCACUUAACCCUUGUCACCUUACUUCUUCUUCUUGUACAACUCCUGGUGCUUGUUUCACAGAUGAAGAUUUUUUGGCUCAUGCUGGUGCUUUAUUGGCUUCAUCUGCUCACAAUCUCAAUGCAGAUAAACCAUACAAAUGUCCAGUACAAGGAUGUGAUAAAGCUUAUAAGAAUCCAAACGGUCUGAAAUAUCAUAAUCAACAUGGUCAUUGCAACUUGGUUACGGAUGAAAGUGAAAAUGUGAUGGCAAAACCUUAUCAAUGUACUAUUGGUGAUUGUGGAAAACGAUACAAGAAUUUGAAUGGAUUAAAAUAUCAUAUUGAACACUCUCAUGUCGCAGCUCUUAAUCAUACUUUGGCUACUUUUGGUUCUUCUUUAUUCCAACAUCAUCAUCAACAACAAUAUCUUCAUUAUCAACAACUUUUGGCUCUCUCAUCAUCGUCAUCAUCAUCGUCAUCAUCAUCAUCAUCAUCAUCAUCAUCAUCAUCUACCUCUACUACACCUGAUUUAUCUCCUUCCUCUUCACCAGAAUUAUCUUAUUUAUCAUCCUUUUAAAAAAAAUUAGGUUUAUACUUUUAUCAUACAUCAUUUAUCCAUUAUUAUUAUUAUUAUUAUUCAUAUCCAUUUUUUCCCCCUUGUUUUCUCGCUCUUCCCCCCCUUACUUUCCAUCUUUGUCCAUUUUGUACUUCAAUCUCUUCUUCCUUAUACAUAUAGUUUUGUAAAUAUUUCUUACCCCCCCUCAAAAAAAAAUAUCCAAAAAGUUUUUAGUUUUUAUAUCAUUAUCCCCACCAAAAAAGUUAUUUUUCUUCUUCCCCUUUAGUAUUGUUUUUAUAUA